AUGGAUAUGGCUAAGCCAUAUAUGAAUCCUCGAGGUCUUAGCUGGUUCGUCACAGGUCUAUUCGUUGUUGGAGACCUGGCUGGUGGUGGAUUGGUGGCGUUACCUACGGCUAUGAUCCAGUCAGAAGUCAAGUUGCAGAUGCCUGAUUUUAUGUGUGUUCAGCGUUGUGCUAUAAAGGUUGUAAAACUACGUUUUGUACGCAAGAAGGCGUCAUUAUCAGUGGUUGAUACAACUCCUUUAUCAACCACUGAUAAAGGGAUUUUAGUUGACGAAACAGAGGGAAUACAAAAGUAA